AUGGAUCAACUAGGAGAAGAAAUAGAAUCGGUCCUUCACAUAGCUAGGGAAGUGAUGGUCUACCAGGUCCCGCCACUGUCCACAUCAUCAGGACAUAAAGCUGCCGAUUGGAAUGUCGAGUCUUUCUUGUGGAAAGGCAGAAUGAGGGUAUUGGAGAUUGGGGAAAGAUGUGAAUUACGAUUAGAGGACGCAAAUUCUGGAGAACUCUUUGCUCAAGUUAGAUACGCAAGACCAUGGACUCAAGUCGAACCGGUAUUAGACUCGAGCCGGUAUUUUGUCCUGAGGGUGGAAGGUGAUGGUGGUAAAAAGGCCACCAUAGGGAUGGGGUUUUUGGAAAGAGGGGAUGCUUUUGAUUUUCAGGUCGCAUUACAAUCAUUCGCAAGAAGAAGCUCUACCCCCAAUCAGUCACAAGAUCCUUCCGCUCCACUCAAACCCUCAGCCCCACCCAAAGAUUACAGUCUAAAAGAAGGACAAACAUUCACCAUUAAAUUACCUGGAAGAGAGACCAAGAAACCUUCAUCGAACCCUGGUCCAACAUCAGAGGGAGGUAGCAGUGGUGGAUUGUUCGCUCUCCCACCACCACCGCCUCCAGGGAGGAAAAGAUAA